UACUGAAAAUGGUAAUGAAACCCCUGCUGUACUGGUAUUCUGAUGUGUUUCAUUCUUUUCUCCAGUUAUUCACAGAAAUAUAGACAAGGUACACGUAUAGUGUAGAGGGCAAUUUCUAUGCGGCAGAUGAAAUUCCAGCACAGAGUCAAGGAUGAAUCCACAGUUCUGCUCACCAUUACCUUUGAGACCCAGUUUUGUCCCUGUUGUUGUGAGACCAACUGUUCCAGUACUGUACACAUCCAUCACACAAGAUCAAUCACCUCCUGUUCAUGGAAUCCCCUUGUUUCCUUUUAGUCUGACACCUGAGGCUAGCUUUAAUGGUCAAACAACAAUUGGUGUGGACCACAGUAAAGGAAAAGUUAAACAAGGGGAUGCUCUUGAAGACUUUAAAAAGAAUGCAGAGCGAAACGGAAUAACAGUUUGUGCGCCAGGUUCGAAGGAUCAAACAGAGAGCACCAGUUUAUCUAGUUCAAGGACACCUCCGCCAGACAAUUCAAACAUUGGACAUUCAAAUAAAGAUCACAAUUUGACAUCACUUUCUAGAUCACCACAAUGGCAUGGGGAAACAAGGGAAGGUAUUUUACAUUCCUCAGUGGGAAAUUAUUAUAACGUGCUUAGUAAUGAGAAACAUGCAACUGAGGGACAAGGAUUUAGUGCUCCAUCUCAAUUUCUGUCUGAAAGUAAAAACAAUUCCAAGUCACGUGCUUCUGACAAACUUAGCCUUUUUAAAAGCAAGGCGGCAGUGAGUGGUAUUAAAGUUGAAGAGGACACGGAUUUAGUGGUAGAUCAAGAAGUACAGAGCAAUAUAACCCAUACAGUGGUAGGUGAGGAAGAAGAACCUAAACGGGCAGUAGAAAGUCUUGCUCAGAUCCCUGAAACAGCAACGAAAAUGACUGAUUUAGCGGUGACAAAUGAAGACGGUGUUAAUAACUUCGAGCAUGCACUUGAACUUGAUUCUGAGGUGAUACAUUUGAGAACUGAAGAAGAUGGAAAUGUAGAGAUUAAGUCCGAAGGAGAAACAUGUGUUUGUGAGAAAAGUGAAAGCACAUCAAAAGUUGAAAACCAGCAAGAGUCGGCAUGUACAACUGGAAUGAUACAGGAAGGUAAAGAGUAUGACAACGUUACUACAUCAGAGAACACACUCAACGUUGAACAUGUUGCAAUUUCUAUGAAGGAAGAUGCACAGAUUGCAGCAUUUGAAGAAAUUGCACGCCAAAUAGGGAUCAAAGUUGGCAGUGUUCCAAAACGCAGCAUUUCCUCUGUUACCAGCCCCGGUGUACAUAGAGUUGAAACAGCGGCAGUCGUUGAAGCAGAUGGCUUAGAUGCCUGUACUGAGCAAGAUGCACAGAUUUCAAGAUUUGAGGAACUGGCUUGGCUAAAUGGGAUCAAAGUAGGCAAGAAAAAAACUGACAGGCUUUCAGCGUCUUGCUCUGAAAGUUCUGACUCUGUUGCGCCAGAGAAUAUACAAGAAAAUGAUUUCUGUACAGGCACAAAUUUAUUGGAGGAAGAUCCACAAAUUGCCAGAUUUCAAGAAAGUGCAUGGCUUAGAGGCAUCAAAGUUAGUGGUAAAUUAUCCAAUGCUUCAUCUUCGUCAUCUCUUUCACCUGCUACCAGUGAUGACUAUUUAAUAUAUCAUCCAAGUGAUGAAAUCCGUGAAGUAGCAGCGCAAACAAAAGGGAACACCUUUGAGGAGCUGGCCAGGAGAAAUGGCAUCAAAAUUGGUAAACCAGUAGUUCCAACUGAGACGUUUAACAUAGCAGGAGUUUCAGCUGACUAUUCUCAUGGUCGACUGCAUGGCAAUACAGCUUCCUCUGUGGAGUCUAUGGAAAGAGCUUCCAUUGUUUUCAAUCAUGCUAGUACUCAAACUGAGGUCAUAACAGUUGAUUGUCACAGUCAAACAUGCGAAAAAGAUCAUGGCUUUCUUAAGCAAUCCACACAGGUGCAAGUUGAUGCUUUCAGAGAAGCUUUUGCAGAGGAGUUCAUGAUGUGGAAACUUGAUGAGAGUGCUGCAGGAGAUGAUGUGGAGUUAUGCUAUAAAGACUUGUACUUUAAGGAAAAGAAAGCCGUCGAUGAACUUAGUGAAAGUCUACAGAAUGAGAAGGACGUGUCAGCCAAUACAAAACAUAACCACAAAAGAGUUAUGGAGCAGCUAAAAGAGGAGCUCAACUGCAAGACAGAGGAAAUUGAGAAACUGAAGAAAGACCUCAAGACACUGAAGAAACAAAAAGAAUCUGAAGCAAAGAGAAUAAUGAAGGAACUGAAGUCUAAAGAGGAAGAACUGGAAUCAUGCAAGGGAACCAUACAAAUAAAGGAAGUUGCCAUCGAAAGCCUAAACUCUAUUAUGAAAGAGCAAAGAGAAAAGCUGCAAUUUGUAAGCGACCAGCUGCAGGAAAUGAAAACUGCACUCUUGCAAGCUAAUAAGGAUGCAAAGUGUAAAACUUGCAUGAACAGACUUAUAGAGAACAGAGGCUCUGAGGAAAUUAAUCAAGAGGAAGAGAGUGGUAGUGGAUGGACAGUUUACACAAGACGAAAAUCAAAAAGUCCUCCAUUCAAACCAACGCAGGUAGAAAAAGCACAGGGCAGACCACCUGGGAGUGUAAAUGAACUGUGUGAUAUUGAAUUAAGUAGUGUUCCAUGUUUAAACAGACAAUUCACUGACAAUCCUUGUUCGAGGGACAAAUUUAAUACCUUGCAUUCACAAGAAGAUGGAGAGUCCCGAGAGGAUGGCGGUACUAAGAAUAGCGCUGACUGCCCAACCACAGCCUCAGCACUGCAAGGAGAUAUAUCGAGAACUUCACCGCUGGCUUGCUCUUAUUCAACAUUACAGUCAGCAGAAACCUCGUGUAGUCCACCAGGGAACGACGUUCUUUCGCCACCUCUGUCUUCGAAAGUAGGAGAAAAGUUACAAGCCUCGACUAUUUCCCAGUCACCUCCAGCCGAGGAGCGACCCUCAGUACAGAACUCGUCAGCCUUCAGUGAUGACAACCCUUUACCUCACAAUGAUCAACACAUUGCUUCGAAAGCACCAAAUGGUGACGCACCUGUUUCAACGAAUACAACUGUGUCAGCCUCCACUUGUCAACAGCCACUAAAUGCGUUCUUCCCUGCUCCACAUUUUGCAUUUCAAAGAAUUCCCACCGAGGUUAUUUCUCAAUAUCUGUCCAGCCUUGUGGUACAACCCAAUAUUCCGUCAGAUAAUAGGGUACGAACUGGUUCGGCACUGCUCCGUCGUCCCCCUGGUCUGAACACAGAGCCUGUUCCAGAUGAGGAACCUGAGCAACCCUCCCCUUCCUGUUCUCCUCCAGCACGUGGCAAGUCUACUUAUGACAAGUUGAUGGAUGCGCUUCAUAAGAGGUUUCCAAACAAGUCCAGACAGGAACUUGUCCUUGAUCUGAAAAAGGCAAAGGCAUCCACUGGAGCAGCAGGGUUCAAAGGCAAGCAGAUUGCUGAUGUCGUCAAGUGUGUUGAGAAGGUAGUUAAGGAUAAACAGGAGUCAGAGGUUGACAAUCAAACAGUCUUUCAUCCAAGCUCUUCAUAAAACGUUGCUCGCUCGCUGAUGUUCUAACUGUGAAAUUUACGAACAUCGCGAACGCGAAAAGUCUUGAUUCAGCGAGAGACGACAUCAUACUCUAUUUGGCUUCAGUCGCUACUCAGGGAAACACAAAAAACACAAUGGCUUCAGUUGGUUUUGUUUUUAACGGAAGAAGAAUAUCGUUCAUGUUUGUUCCUGUUCGUAUUAAUUUAUGCUGUUUUGUGUGAUGGAAGAUGAAACUUACCCCACUCCAUCCUGGAAUGAUCUGCAAGGAUUCAAGGAUUUCUGGGCCCGCAGGUUGCAGGACAGAGACGUUCCUAAGCAACGUAACACAUUCUCGCGGCCCCAUGCUGACUUAGAAACGUGCUCUUAUCGUUCUAUGAUGGGAGAAUAAUAAUGAUUGGAGACCCUUCGCGUGUUUCCUUCACGUGGAUUAACCGAUAACAGCACCAUCAUGUUGUGUUCGAAUGUGUAGCAGGGUUUGAUUCCUUCCAUCACGUAAAGAAGAGUAUAGAAAGGAAACAGACACUACCCCAUCUUUGCAGUGCUGACCACAUAUGAUACGAAUAGUUUGUUGUGUUCACGAUGCGUUGUAAACAUUGAUAAGUGCAGUAAUUUCGGAAAUUACGAAUACGUUUUUUAACGAUUAGUGUUUCAGUGUCUUUGCUCAAAAGUAAAGAAAUCUCCCUUCCCUUUCUGCCUGUCUACCUGCCUCCCCCGGCUGUUAUUAAAUUUGUGUAGCCGGGUUACCGGAAAGCCCCUGAAAAACGUACAGCUAUGAUCAGAAAAAAGUAGUAUAGAAACAGUACGCUCAUGCUGUUUUCGCGUGUUUUUAAAAGAUGUACUUGAAGAUGAUUCUUAAUUAUCUAGGGGUUACCAUUUAUAAUUUAGUAUCCGGUUGUUGUUUUCCUAUGAAAAGAUUAGCCAAUGGUACGAAAUUUCGUACGUUCCGUUCCAAGCGAGAAAUUACUGUUCCAAUUGACGUUCAAGCGAAAUUUCCAAGUUUUUUAGCUUGGUGUUGGGCACCCUUAAUUGGAUUUGAUAUGUUUGUUUUGGUAGCAAAUUCUUCAAAGAAUACUUUUCACGCAGGUCUUGUAGAGAGUACAUAAAUAUUUACGCCUAUUUAACUUGUUCUUUAUGAUCUGUAUGCUCGAAGGACGAUUUGACUGCAUGUAUGCCAUUUUUCCCCCUUUUUCAUCGGUACAGUCUUCUUAUGUCUAUUCGUUA